AUAAUAAAAUGGCUGGUCGUAAAAAAAUUGAUUGACCGGAAAUAAAAAUGAUUACAGGAAACGUCACUAUUACAUAAAAGGCAACAGCGAGACAUUCAUUGACAAAUUCUUAUUAAAACGAAACAUUCGACGCAAAACUGCCGUACCUUGAAGCGUAUAACCACUUGCGCAAAUUCGCAACGAGGCCAAGGACAUUGCGCUGGUUUACAAGAUGAUGGAAACACAAUUGUUAUCGAAUUAUUCAAGGAAUUACUUCAAUUUCAAUAAGACGGAGGCCAAAGAGGAGCUGUACGACAGAUAUUCCAGUAAAGAUAUCUUUGAUGUAUUCGCAGCCGACUUGCUGCAACAACUCUCUGAUUUUCAAACUUCUCCGGCAAAAUCAGAAGAGGAUCCUUGGAAAUCAUUUGAACCAUAUCCUCCAGGAUUUUUUGAUGACCUCCCGGUGUCACCAGACGCGACGAAGAAGGCGAGACGACCACCUGACGGUUACCUAUGUCAUUUGUGUUUUUGUAAGGGACAUUAUAUCAAAGAUUGUCCUCAGGCGAGACCAAAAGGGGAAGGACUCACACCGUACCAGGGGAAGAAGCGGUGUUUUGGUGAAUACAAAUGUCCCACAUGCAAACGUAAGUGGAUGAGUGGAAACAGUUGGGCGAAUAUGGGACAAAUGUGUGUGAAAUGUCACAUCAACGUGUAUCCGCACAAGCAGAGACCGCUGGACAAACCUGACGGACUUGAUGUCUCAGAUCAGGCGAAGGAACACCCGCAGCAUUUAUGUGAAAAAUGCAAGGCACUUGGGUACUAUUGUCGUAGAGCCCAAAAUUGAGCAUAGGCAUAGGUAACAUUUUGGUAAUAAUUUUUUUAUCUAUCAACUGGGAUAUACAUUAAGGGCAACUAUAUAUAUAUAUCAUGAAAUGUGAGAAAUACGUUAUUUUGAUCAUUUUGAUUUUCAAAACAUCAGUCAUUUUAAAGUAAAGAUACUCUUAUUUCCCGUUUGGGUUUGUCAAAAGAGAAUGUCUCUUUAUUUUUCUACAAGUACAAUUUUCAAUCGAUAGAUUUUCAAAAAGAUCACUUUUGUGUAAUAAGUUGUCGUCUUUUUCAUAACGAUUUCAUAUUUUCAGUACGAGAAGAAAAUAUGAAAAAACUGUAAAGAAUAACGUAUUUUUCACGUUACAUAUACACGUAGAAAACGUCUUUCGAAAGACAUACUUGCGAAAAUAUUUUGAAUUCCGCUUAUUUUUUAUCCAUUUGAAGGAUUUAUAUCAGUACAAUUAACACUGACAUGGUUGCAGUGAACUGUGAGAAUUAAGCACUAAAUUAGGCAUUGAAUAAUUGAGCAUUGAUACAGUUCACAUAAUCGAUGUGCUUGAUACAAAUAUCAAGCAAAAAUUCACACCUUUUUUGUUACAAGAAUCGUAAAUAUUUUCGCCCAAAAAGAUGACUUCUUUAGGUUAAAGUAAAAAAUGUAAACAACGUUUAUAUAUGAUCACACCAAAAAGGAAAAUUUUACCGAAAUUCAACGAUAUUGAACGACGUUUAAAGGACGACUUUGCUUAAAUAUAUAUUUUUAUUUCAAGAGCUUCUUGACGACAUUUUUUAAGGUUUGGCAGACAGCCGAAACUAGCUCUAAAAGAAUGGAACUUUUAAUAAAACAAAUUUAAAUAAAACAUAGAGAAAAACAAAAGAAUAGAAAAGGGAAUAUAUUUGCAGACAUUUUUAUUUAGUUUUUUUUAGAAAUCAUGGUUGGUGUACAAAUUUGCAAGUGAUUGCUUAUAAGAUAAGAUAUAUAUUAAUAAUAUAUGUUUAAUAUAUACAAUAAUAUACUAUCAAGACUUUUAGUGGAGAAAUAUAAUUUGUAAAACUGAUUUUUAGCGAAUCAUAGCUGAAGAGUAUAUAUUUCUAUGUUGUAUCUGAUAAUUAUUUUAAAUGAAGUAGAUAAUAAUUUUCAAUGUACUAUAGUACAGUAGGAAGCUAUGACAGAUGUAAUUAUACAAGGUAUAUAUUUUAGAAUCACGACCCCUUUUGCAUAUUGCUAUACAGUCACGUUCAUGCAAUGACCAACAUUUUUGGAAACAAGUUUUGGAAAUUCAAUUUGUUCCUUAGUCACUAUAAAUGUUUUAUGCAAAGGGUCAAUUUUUAAACCAAAAAGAUACAGGACGAUUGUAUAAAUUUUAGUGGAAUAAAUGAAGAUUAUAUAAUUUUUUUAAUAUGGACUGUAGCAUUGUAAGACAUUGUAAUUUAGAAGAGAAUAAAUUUUGUAAUACAUUCGUGUGAAAAGACCUUUUUGUAA